CCUCAACUGUCACUGCAGCUGCAGCUCAGUGCACUCCGACCAGGAAGUCUCAAAACGAUCCACCGUCUCCUCAUGACCAUGUUAUUUUUGCAGGCUGCACACACAGGCAAUCGCACAAUGUGACUUGUUUUUCGAAAUGAGUAAGAGGAAAGGCAAAGUGAUCAGUGAUGCGACAGCUGUCAAGAGCCGCAGAGUGACAGCUGUGGGUAUCGAAGAUGCACCAGACGACACGAACCAUCAGAGACCGUCGUCCAGCGGCGCUCACUCUGCCACCGGAGAUAUCGGCCUCAUUGAAAGCGUCACUCUGAAGAAUUUCAUGUGUCACCAUUUGCUCGGUCCCUUCCAGUUUGGGCCCAAUGUGAAUUUCAUCGUCGGCAACAAUGGGAGUGGAAAGAGCGCAAUCCUGACUGCUUUGAUUGUGGGCCUCGGUGGAAAGGCCACUUUCACAAACAGAGGAGUGUCGUUGAAGGAUUUUGUGAAGACGGGUGAAAAUACUGCAGAUAUAACAAUAAGGCUGAGAAACAGAGGACCAGAUGCUUAUAAAAGGGACGUCUACGGCGAAUGCAUCUCAAUUGAGCACCGGAUCUCUUGUGAUGGAUGUCGGACCUGCAGGCUGAGGAGCAAGUCAGGACAACUUAUCUCAACCAAGAAGGAGGAGUUGACGGCCAUUUUGGACCACUUCAACAUCCAGUUGGAUAACCCAGUGUCCAUUCUCAACCAAGAAAUGAGUAAACAGUUCCUGCAUUCAAAAAGUGAAUCGGACAAGUAUAAGUUCUUCAUGAAGGCAACUCUGCUGGAACAGAUGAAGAGGGAUUACAUCCACAUCAAGCACACCAAAACAGUCACCAGACAGCAGGUUGAGAGGCAGGAGGAGUCUCUCAAGGACCUGAAACAAGAGUUUCUACAGAAGAAAGAGAGGUAUGAGAAUUUGUCGUCCUUCAGUGAGAUGAAGGUGGUUUUGGAGAAUCUGAAGAAAGCAAUGGCAUGGUGUUUGGUCAGAGAGAAGGAACAGUUCGUACAGCAACUGAAGGAGGACAUUGAAAAGGAAGAGAAUAACUACAAACAUCAGGACAACCUUCAGCUGUGUCAGACUAGAGUCACACAAGUGGAAAAUAAGCUCCAGUGCAUCAAAAGCAGAGUUGACAGUCUGAAAGAGGAACAAGAGUCUCUAUCGCAGGACAGCGUCAAGUUAAAAGAGCAAGUGAAGACCAUUAGCAAAGCUCACAAGGAACAGGAGCUUGUUUACUUCCGGGCUCUGAACAAGCUCAAACAGUCAGAGCAGGAACAAAACCUUCUCCAGGAGAAAAUUAACAAGGCAAAAACAAGUGUGAUUCUGAACAAUGAUGGAGAGACAGAAUUCAUGAAACAACAGAAGAAAAUAUCCAGUCUGAAAGAGCAGCUUGCAGAGCUUGACAAAACCUGCUCACAGCUGAACCAAGAGAUCAAGAACAAACAUCAGGCACUUUUCAAAGGCAGGGAAGAACGGGACAAGCUGAGGCUGGAGGAAAGAAACAUCCAGGUUUUGUAUGCGUCCAAACUGAAGAGGAAGAAUCAGCUCUUUGCCAGUCGAUCAAACAAGCUAAAGCGGUUUGGAGAUCAUGUACCCGACCUUCUGGAUUCGAUUGCUGAGGCGUACGCCACAGGACGCUUCCUCAAGAGACCAGUCGGUCCAAUAGGGGCGUGUAUCAGUUUGAAGGAUCCCACGCUGGCUGUGGCCGUGGAGUGCUGUCUGCGGAGCUUCAUGAAGGCUUUCUGCUGUGACAACUACAAGGACGAGACGGUCCUCCAGGAGCUGAUGGCUCGCUAUUACCCAAAGGGCACCAGGCCGCAGAUCAUCGUCAGCCCUUUCUCUGAAAAAGUUUACAACAUACAUGGACGGAAAGCAUAUCAUCCAGAAUACCCAUCUGUGCUGGACACAAUCAUAGCAUCAAACCCAGUUAUCAUCAACUGCCUGAUCGAUAUGAGGGGGAUAGAAUCAAUUCUGAUAAUCAGAGAAAAAGAUAAGGCGAGGAAGAUCAUGCAGCAAGGACGGCCACCUAAAAACUGCCGUGAAGCUUUCACUCAUGAGGGAGAUCAGGUGUAUCCAAACCGUUAUUACACCUCCGACUUCAGCAUGGCCAAAUAUCUUGGCGGGGAUCUCGAGGCUGAAAUAAGUAUGUUGGAGUCAGACCUGGAGAAUCUCCAGGCUCAGCUGUCCAGGUUUCAGCUCCAUGUGACCUCUGUGUCUGAGGAAAUCGUGAGCAUGGAGAGCAGGCUGAACAGCACCAUCAUGGCCCUGAAGAAGACUCUGGCCUCUGUGAAUCAAGUUAAGGCAACAAUAACUGACCUUGAGACCGCUGGUGAGGAGCAAAUCGAUGACAUCAGCUCCUUGGAGGAAGUUGCCCAAGAGAACAGACAGAAAAUCGAUGCAGAAAAGGAGACUGUUCACGAAGCAAAGGCAGAGUUUGACAAACAUCGGAAAUUAUUAGAGGACGUAGAGUCCAAGUACUCGUCUGUUAGAGAGCGGAUUGAUCAGCUUCCUGAGGACGUGGAGCCGUUAAAGGACGAGCAGCUGAAGCUGGAGAAUGAGUGCACAAAACAUGAACGAAACCUCAAGAUUUUAGAAAACAAACUGAAGGCUCAUGAAGACAACAUCCAAGCUAUGAAAAGUGACCUCACACAAAGAGAAGAUGAGUUACAGGAAUAUGUGACCAAAGCCACAGAGAUCAGCCCUGAGCGGCAGCAGGUGACCGGCAGCACCAAGAGCAUCGACACGGAAAUCACUCGACUGAAAAAGAAGCUCAAGGUGUACGAGAGCAGCCACGGCGAGCAGGAGCAGGUGGUCAGGGAGUACGCCGAGGCCCUCGCGCUUUACAGACAGAAAACCAACCAAGUGAGAGACCUGCGGAGGUUCAUCGAUCGACUCGAUAACAUCAUGUCAGACAGGCAGAACAGAUACAAAGUAAUGCGUAGGUCCCUCUCUGUCAGAUGCAAGCUAUACUUCAAUAACUUCCUGAUAAAGAUGAACUGCUGUGGCUCUAUGGUUUUUGAUCACAACAAUGAGACGCUCUCAAUCUCGGUGAAGCCUCCAGGCAGGGAGGAUGAUGGCGUGAGUGACAUGAGGUCGUUGUCUGGUGGUGAACGCUCCUUCUCCACCGUUUGCUUCAUGCUCUCGCUGUGGGAGAUCACAGAAUCACCCUUCAGAUGCCUCGAUGAGUUCGACGUCUACAUGGAUAUGCACAAUCGCAGAAUCUCCCUGGAUCUCCUCCUGGAGCUGUCGGAGCGGCAGCACCUUCGACAGUUUGUCUUCAUUACGCCCCUUACCACCAGAAAUCUUCCCAAAUCCAGCCUCAUCAAAAUCCACCAGCUUCAGGAUCCGGAAAGAUUCCAAAGUGAAACAGCGGACGUAGAUGUUUGAACUGAACUCCAGUGGCAGAAACAUCAGGAAUGUUUAUGUUAGUGGUUCACAACUUGGGGGUUGGGACGCCCAGUGGGGGUCGCUAAAAGCUUCAUAAGGGGUCGUAAAGCCUUCCUGAUUUUAAGGCGAGCUAGAAAGCUAUAUAUAUAUAUAUAUAUA